CCUGGGGGGGCUAGGGCCCCCCAAACUCGGAUCGGAUCCAACCCGAGUGAGGCGGCGCCAUGGAGCUCCGGGCGCUGCUCUGCUGGGCUUCGCUCACCGCCGCUUUAGAAGAGACUUUACUGAACACAAAAUUGGAAACUGCCGAUCUGAAGUGGGUGACAUUCCCUCAGGUGGAGGGCCAGUGGGAGGAGCUGAGCGGCCUGGACGAGGAGCAGCACAGUGUGCGCACGUAUGAGGUGUGCGACCUGCAGCGAGCCCCAGGCCUGGCUCACUGGCUGCGGACGGGCUGGGUCCCUCGUCGUGGCGCUGUGCACGUGUACGCCACGCUGCGCUUCACCAUGCUCGAGUGCCUGUCUCUGCCGCGGGCUGGCCGCUCCUGCAAGGAGACUUUCACCGUCUUCUACUAUGAGAGCGAUGCAGACACAGCCACAGCCCUCACGCCGGCCUGGAUGGAGAACCCCUACAUCAAGGUGGACACAGUGGCUGCGGAGCAUCUCACAAGGAAGCGCCCUGGGGCUGAGGCGACUGGGAAGGUGAACGUCAAGACGCUGCGUCUGGGCCCGCUCAGCAAGGCCGGCUUCUACCUGGCCUUCCAGGACCAGGGCGCCUGCAUGGCCCUGCUGUCACUGCACCUCUUUUACAAGAAGUGCCCCCCACUGACGGUGAACCUGACCCACUUCCCAGGGACUGUGCCUCGGGAGCUUGUGGUGCCUGUGGCUGGGAGCUGUGUAGCAGACGCUGUCCCUGCCCCUGGCCCCAGCCCCAGCCUCUACUGUCGAGAGGAUGGCCAGUGGGCCGAGCAGCCGGUCAUCGGCUGCAACUGUAACCCAGGGUUCGAGGCCACCGAGGGGAACACAAAGUGCCGAGCCUGUGGCCAGGGCACCUUCAAGCCCGAGUCAGGAGAGGGGUCCUGCCAGCCAUGUCCGGCCAAUAGCCAUUCUAACACCAUCGGGUCCUCUGUCUGCCAGUGCCGCAUUGGGUACUACCGGGCCCGUGCGGACCCCCAAGGCGCACCCUGCACCACCCCUCCUUCUGCUCCAAGAAGUGUGGUUCCCCAUCUGAAUGGCUCCUCCCUGCACCUGGAAUGGAGUGCGCCCCUCGAGUCUGGCGGCCGGGACGACCUCACCUAUGCACUUCGCUGCCGAGAGUGUCGUCCAGGGGGGUCCUGCCUGCCCUGUGGGGGAGACCUGACCUUUGACCCCGGCCCCCGGGACCUGGUGGAGCCCUGGGUGGCUAUUCGAGGGCUGCGUCCUGACUUCACCUAUACUUUUGAGGUCACUGCCUUGAAUGGCGUGUCCUCUUUAGCCACAGGGCCUGUCCCAUUUGAGCCUGUCAACGUCACCACCGACCGGGAGGUGCCCCCUGCAGUGUCUGACAUCCGUGUGACACGGUCAUCACCCAGCAGUUUGAGCUUGGCAUGGGCUGUGCCGCGAGCGCCCAGUGGGGCUGUUCUGGACUACGAGGUCAAGUACCAUGAGAAGGGUGCAGAGGGCCCAAGCAGUGUACGGUUUUUAAAGACCUCAGAAAACCGCGCUGAGCUUCGGGGGCUGAAGCGGGGAGCCAGCUACCUUGUCCAGGUGCGGGCACGCUCUGAGGCCGGCUAUGGGCCCUUUGGCCAGGAACAUCACAGUCAGACCCAGCUGGAUGAGAGUGAGAGCUGGCGGGAGCAGCUGGCCCUGAUAGCAGGCACAGCGGUCGUUGGUGUGGUCCUGGUCCUGGUGGUCAUUGUCAUUGCUGUCCUCUGCCUCAGGAAGCAGAGCAACGGGAGGGAGGCCGAAUACUCGGACAAACACGGGCAGUAUCUCAUCGGGCAUGGUACGAAGGUCUACAUUGACCCCUUCACAUAUGAAGACCCCAAUGAGGCUGUGAGGGAGUUUGCCAAAGAGAUCGACGUCUCCUAUGUGAAGAUUGAGGAGGUGAUAGGUGCAGGCGAGUUUGGUGAGGUGUGCCGGGGGCGACUGAAGGCCCCUGGGAAGAAGGAGAGCUGUGUGGCCAUCAAGACCCUAAAGGGGGGCUACACCGAACGGCAGCGGCGGGAGUUCCUGAGCGAGGCCUCCAUCAUGGGCCAGUUUGAGCACCCCAACAUCAUCCGCCUGGAGGGCGUGGUCACCAACAGCGUGCCCGUCAUGAUCCUCACUGAGUUCAUGGAGAACGGAGCCCUGGACUCUUUCCUUCGGCUGAACGACGGGCAGUUUACGGUCAUCCAGCUGGUGGGCAUGUUGCGGGGCAUUGCCUCUGGCAUGCGGUACCUUGCUGAGAUGAGCUAUGUCCACCGAGACCUGGCUGCCCGCAACAUCCUGGUCAACAGCAACCUAGUCUGCAAGGUCUCUGACUUUGGCCUUUCCCGAUUCCUGGAGGAGAACUCUUCUGAUCCCACCUAUACGAGCUCUCUGGGAGGAAAGAUUCCCAUCCGUUGGACGGCCCCUGAGGCCAUUGCCUUCCGAAAGUUCACAUCUGCCAGCGACGCCUGGAGCUAUGGGAUUGUGAUGUGGGAGGUGAUGUCUUUUGGGGAACGGCCCUACUGGGACAUGAGCAAUCAGGACGUGAUCAAUGCCAUUGAGCAGGACUAUCGGCUGCCCCCGCCCCCAGACUGCCCCACCUCCCUCCACCAGCUCAUGCUGGACUGUUGGCAGAAGGAUCGGAAUGCCCGGCCCCGCUUCCCCCAGGUGGUCAGCGCCCUCGACAAGAUGAUCCGGAACCCUGCCAGCCUCAAAAUCGUGGCCAGGGAGAAUGGCGGUGCCUCGCACCCUCUCCUGGAUCAGCGGCAGCCUCACUACUCGGCUUUUGGCUCUGUGGGAGAAUGGCUUCGAGCCAUCAAGAUGGGGAGAUACGAAGAAAGUUUUGCAGCAGCUGGGUUUGGCUCUUUCGAGCUGGUCAGCCAGAUCUCCGCCGAGGAUCUGCUCCGAAUUGGAGUCACUCUGGCUGGACACCAGAAGAAAAUCUUGGCCAGUGUCCAGCAUAUGAAGUCCCAAGCCAAGCCUGGAGCUCCGGGUGGGACAGGAGGACAAGCCCCUCAGUAUUGACCUCCAGGAAUUCCUCACCCCAGGGGCAUGGCCUCCCCUUUUUCCUGGGGUAAAGUCGGGUGGGGUCUCACAGAGGCCCCCAUCCCUGGCCCCACUGGAUUGCACUUUGAACCCAUAGGUGUGGAGAGUUGGCAAUUUGGAGAGACAGGACUUAGGGUUUGUGCUAUAUCACAUCCCGUCCCCUCGGGGUGGGAAACCCCAAACCCCAGGGUGAGGGCACCUUUCCCUCAGAACUGGGUGUGACCAGAGGGAAAGGAAGCACCCAUAAUCUCCCAGCUUCCCCAGAGGGCUCCCCAGGUGCUCCCUCACCUCCAUGGGCAUGUUCUUGCAGACCAAAGAGAGGGUGACCAGCCUGCCAGCUGGGAGUGGAGCGCUGUCCCAGGAGGCAGGAAGGGGUGUCAUGCAAUGACACAGUCAUUGAUCUUUGAUGCCCCGACUUGCUGCUGUUGCCACCGAACUCAAUCAUUCUUCCUUGUAAAUGCCCCUCCCCCAUCUGCUGCCUUCAUAUUGAAGGUUCUUGAGUUUUAUUUUUUUGUUCUUGGUCUUCAUUCCCUCCCUCCCCUCUUUCUGUUUUGUUUUUCUGCCAUCCCAGUCCUUAUUUUUUGUUUUGGAGGGCACCUGUUUCUCCUCUCCUCCUUUGCCCAAGGUUGAAACAGGGACCCUUCGAAGUGUCUUGUUUCCAGAGCAGUGCCUUGGUCACACCACAGUCCCAGAUGGUUCCCUGCCCCCCAAAUCCCCCCAAGCUGUGUCAGUGAGGGAAGUGUGGGGAAGGGGGGCUGUGGUGGAAACCAGAGACAGACGCUGGUGCUUGGAGGGGUCCUUAAAUUAUAUUUAAAAAGAAACUUUUUUUGUAUAAAUAAAAGAAAAUGGGACAUGU